UUUACUUCUUAUUCGUAGGUGAAGAUUUCGUGUAAAUCGAAAUUGCAGAGUUUGCUCUGUUCAUUUAAGAGAUUAACUCAAUCUUCGCUCAGUUUUUUCAUCUUAAAUUCAGGCGUCGGCUGAAGAAUCUUCAUAUCUGAAGGGUUUCAAACCAAUAAUGCUUCAUAAGAGUUUCAAAUCUGGAAAAUGCAAGACAUCUUUGAAACUUGCGGUAGCUCGUAUCAAGCUCCUGAAGAACAAGAGAGAUGCACAGGUGAAGCAGUUAAGGAGAGAGUUGGCGCAGCUUCUUGAGUCUGGACAGGAGAGGACAGCGAGAAUUCGGGUUGAACAUGUAGUGAGAGAGGAGAAGACUAUGGCAGCAUACGAUCUUCUUGAAAUAUACUGUGAACUUAUUGUGGCACGCCUGCCAAUUAUCGAAUCACAGAAAAGCUGCCCCAUAGACUUGAAGGAGGCAAUAGCUAGUGUGAUAUUUGCAGCCCCAAGGUGCGCAGACUUACCUGAACUGCUGGAUGUCCACAAACAUUUCACAGCAAAAUAUGGGAAAGAAUUUGUUACUUCAGCUCUUGAGCUGCGUCCAGAAUGUGGUGUGGGCCGCAUGAUGGUUGAGAAGUUGUCAGCAAAAGCACCUGAUGGUGGGACAAAAAUAAAGAUCUUGACUGCGAUUGCUCAAGAACAUAAUAUCAAUUGGGAUCCUGCCUCAAUGGUAGAUAAGGAUUCAAAGCCUACUGAAGAUUUGCUGAAUGGACCGAGUACCUUUGAGACUGCCAGUAAGACAACUGUGAAACCUCCUGAUGCUCGACUCCCACCCGACCCUGGCCACAAGUAUGAAUCAUCUACAAACCUGCCUGACCACAAUGUAAGCAUACCACCACUGAGUUCCCAGGUUUCUGCUUCUACAGAAACCAGUACUUCCACAAGAAUGUCUGCUACUUUUAGUCCUGAGCCAAGAGCAUCAGAAAGUAGAACUGAGCGGCAGGAAUAUGGACACCCAUCUUCAAGGGAUGAGAAUGUCUUUCCCCUGAACAGGCAUAACUGGAAUAUGGAGUUCAAGGAUGCAACCUCUGCUGCACAGGCAGCUGCUGAAUCCGCAGAGCGAGCUAGUAUGGCUGCCAGGGCUGCUGCUGAACUCUCAAGCCGUGGUAAUAAUAUGAGGCAGUAUUCUACAGAAUCAAAUAAAUCGUCUGUUUAUGGAUUCGGAAAUGAAGGAUCUAGAACAAGUGGCCAAAAGUCGCAAGAACCUGUUACAAAGGAGUCAGUGGAGGUGGUGAGGGGUGCACCAGGAAGUUCCACUGAGAUUGGAAAUUUAAGAAUGCAGAAUCAAUCUAGAGAUAGAAAAGAGACAUUGCCUGGAGUAGCUGAAAACAAACUUGGUGAAGCUAGUGGUAAGAGAAGACCUAACAAGUCUAUUUCUUCAGUGUCUAGUAUAGCUUCCCUUGACAAUGAAACACCAGUGGCUAGCUCCCAAAAGGCAGACAGAUACUAUGAGAAAAGGUCAUCCUCUGCGGAGUCAAUCAACCGCAGUUGGCAGGGCGGAAAUUCUGAGAAGGCUGAUUAUGUUGAUGAAGAAAGUCUGAAAAGACGAUCUAGCCAAUCUGAGGUAGAGUCUUUUUACCGGCAGCCACAGAACGAAAGAAGUGACUACACUGACAAUUAUGGAGAUGGAAGAAGCAGAAAGCAGUCUAGCAGAUCUUCUUCAUCUCACACAAGUGCUGAUGGUGAUCACAAUGAUGUCGUAUCUAAUGUGAACCCGAUAGAAAAAUGUUGGAAUGAUGUUGAUGACAACUCUCUCUUCAGUAAUGACCGGGGAAAUGUGCAAGUAGGCACUGAGCAAUCGGUAGCUUUUGAUGAAUCUGGUUCAGAUGAUGACCAUAAUACUGAUUUAGGGGCCAAGUAUAAUGGGCAUGGAUCCAGCUUUUAUUUCCCUUCACCAGUUAGGGAAUCGCCUCAAUAUCUCUCAACAGAUAGAAAUACAUGGAACCCUAUAGAAAACAGAGGUGAGUCCCUGGAAAAGAAGCCUAGUGCAGAAAAACAUUUUGUCACAGAAGUAGAACCCCCUUUCAAGUCUUCUGAACAGCUGGAAAAAUCUGGAGUUCCUUCUCAGUCCGAAGAUCUCGCACCUCUUACAUUUGACGAUUCGGAUGGCCUGAGUUCUGAGAGUGAAGAUGUUGAUUACCACAUCGGUGGAAAAACAGGAUCUGGCAGUGGGCUUCAUAACACCUUUCCUAGAAGCCCAUCAUCACCCGAGAAUGAUAGGAGUCAUUCAUCACCAGUAUCCUCUAUUAAAAAUGAAGUCAGAAGCAUGAACAGAAAGGUUAUUUUACAGUCCUCUUCUGAUGAUUUAGACUUCGAAGAAGCACAACUUGGAAGAAAUCAAGAUGUAAAACUGAAUGCUGUUGGUGACUCUUCAGAAAAAUAUGGCUUCACUGACACGCCCACUCGUCAGCACAAUAGGUCGAAUGAUUCUGCACAAGAGCCUUCUCAUAGACUAGUAAUUGAUGAGCAGCCAUUGCAGACUCCAAAAUUUUCGUCUGCCAAGGAAAUCAAAGUUGAGGAAAAUCCCAGCACACUAGAAUCACAUUAUACCAUGAACUCUGAAAGUGAGCAGGGAUUAAACUUUAGGAAAUUGACAGGUGGUUUCCGCAACAAGGGUUUCCAACAUCCUCCUUAUUCAAGAGCUUCUUCAGGUGACACUUCACUUCCAUCACGAAACCAAUCAACAGUAGAUACUCCAACUUCCAUUGAGCAACCAAGUGUUUCCCUGAAGAUGAAAACUCCGCUUUCUGGAAUCCACGGUCAGGAGCCAUACAAUCAGAAGAUGCACAUUAAAGCUCAGAAGAAAUCAAGCUCAGUAACCUCAAAACCCAUCCUUGACUCAGAUAGUGAUGAUGCCCAUGAAGAACCUCCACGCCAAGCUGGUAGUAGGAGGAGUCAUAUGGAUGGUAAGCGUGAUGAUGCCCAUGAAGAAUCUCCACGCCAAACUGUUGGUAGGAGUCAUAUGGAUGGUAGGCGUGAUGAUGGCCAUGAAGAAUUUCCACACCAAACUGUUGGUAGGAGGAGUUAUAUGGAUGGUAGGCGUGAUGAUGCCCAUGAAGAAUCUACACGCCAAACUGUUAGUAGGAGGAGUUAUAUGGAUGGUAAGCUUUCUCGAAGGACAAAGGAUUCUCCUAAACAGUCUGAAACAAGUACAUCGGAGGUGGUAUUCACACCUGAUGCUGGCAUGGGAAGGAAUACCUCUAGGAGUUCCCCUGCAGCUGAACCUCUUUGGAAGCCUCAACCUGAGCUGAUGAGAUCAGGAAGUGCAGAGGAUUCUAAGUUGUCAGCAACUAAUGCCCCAGUCCAACAAAAACCUUCUACACCUAAAGCAGAGUCCAAAUCCGCAGUACAUCGAGAAAGUUCAAAGUUCUCUCCACCCAGUUCAGCAGUGGACCAAUCAUUUAAUGUUUCUAAGGCCCUGCCACAGACUGCAUCUUCGGGAAGCAGCGGAAGUCCAAAUACAUCAAGUAUGAGAGGAGGAUCAACAUCCAGAGAGAACUCAUUGAAGAAAGAUGGCCAUGUCCACCCAAAGCUCCCUGACUAUGAUACCUUGGCUGCUCACUUUCAUUCUCUCAGGUCAAACCGCCGAUGAGCAUAGGUAUAUCUCUUUUAGUCCUUUUCAUUGAUGAUUGGGUAUUCUUUCAUGGACCAGGUAGUUAUAAUCAUUUAAUCACAUUAUUUAAUCUUGGUAUGUGAUAAAGAUGUAAAUUGUGUAAAUGGAUAUCCCUACACAUAGUAGUCAUUGUUUGUGUUGUUUGCC